AUGGAUACUCCCAGGGUCCUGCUCUCGGCCGUCUUCCUCAUCAGUUUCCUGUGGGAUUUGCCUGGUUUCCAGCAGGCUUCCAUCUCAUCCUCCUCGUCGUCCUCGGAGCUGGGCUCCACCAAGGGCAUGCGGAGCCGCAAGGAAGGGAAGAUGCCGCGGGCGCCUAGAGAGGGUGCCGCGGGCCAGACGCCCCCGGAGCGCCAGGAGCCACAGCCGCAGGACGAGCCACAGCGGCAGCCGCCACAGCAGCUGCAGGCGCAGGAGCCGCCGGGCAGGAGUCCGCGCGUGGUGCCCCACGAGUACAUGCUGUCAAUCUACAGGACUUACUCCAUCGCCGAGAAGCUGGGCAUCAAUGCCAGCUUUUUCCAGUCUUCCAAGUCGGCUAACACGAUCACUAGCUUUGUAGACAGGGGACUAGACGAUCUCUCGCACACUCCUCUCCGGAGACAGAAGUAUUUGUUUGAUGUGUCCACGCUCUCAGACAAAGAAGAGCUGGUGGGCGCGGAGCUGCGGCUCUUUCGCCAGACGCCCGCAGCGCCCUGGGGGCCGCCGGCCGGGCCGCUCCACGUGCAGCUCUCCCCCUGCCUGUCGCCCCUGCUGCUGGACGCGCGGACCCUGGACCCGCAGGGGGCGCCCCCGGCCGGCUGGGAAGUCUUCGACGUGUGGCAGGGCCUGCGCCACCAGCCCUGGAAGCAGCUGUGCUUGGAGCUGCGGGCCGCGUGGGGCGAGCCGGACUCCGGGGAGGUCGAGGCGCGAGCGCGGGGGCCGCAGCAGCCGCCGCCUCCGGACCUGCGGAGUCUGGGCUUCGGCCGGAGGGUGCGGCCCCCGCAGGAGCGCGCCCUGCUCGUGGUAUUCACCAGAUCCCAGCGCAAGAACCUGUUCGCCGAGAUGCGCGAGCAGCUGGGCUCGGCCGAGGCUGCUGACCCGGGCGCGGGCGCCGAGGGGUCGUGGCCGCCGCCGUCGGGCGCCCCGGACGCCGGGCCUUGGCUGCCCUCGCCUGGCCGGCGGAGGCGGCGCACGGCCUUCGCCAGCCGCCACGGCAAGCGGCACGGCAAGAAGUCCAGGCUGCGCUGCAGCAAGAAGCCCCUGCACGUGAACUUCAAGGAGCUGGGCUGGGACGACUGGAUUAUCGCGCCCCUGGAGUACGAGGCCUAUCACUGCGAGGGGGUGUGCGACUUCCCGCUGCGCUCGCACCUGGAACCCACCAACCACGCCAUCAUCCAGACGCUGAUGAACUCCAUGGACCCCGGCUCCACCCCGCCCAGCUGCUGCGUGCCCACCAAAUUGACUCCCAUCAGCAUCCUGUACAUCGACGCGGGCAAUAACGUGGUCUACAAGCAGUACGAGGACAUGGUGGUGGAGUCGUGCGGCUGCAGGUAG